AAAGUGUCGCAUAUCAUGAUACAGGAUGCAGGAAAGAAUGCACUUUCGAUGGCAGUAUAAUUAUUUGAGUUCCAUAUCGACGCAAAAUAUGUGGCAGUAUAGCGUUUUUGCCAUCCUAAAUGUUUAAAAGGGCUAAAUUUGACCGGACUUUAAGCAGGAUAAGAAAAACAGUCUGGCAUCCCGUGAAAGCCAGACGUCAGUGGUCUGCGGCUGUAGUGAGUUUGCAGCUAGCUUUUGUUCGAGGGGACGUGAAAUUAGCAAGCGAGUAGACGUCGACACAUCAACACAAGGACAUCAAGUGACACGGACCACCAGAUAAAUGUGAAGCCUGGGAUUUAACUGUGUUGUAAAAACAAGAGAUUGUAGAAGAAAUCCAGACUGACAGCAGCACUUCCCAUUUCACUGCUCCGGCUCUCCUCCCAACCAUCCACAGCUCUGGAUAAUUGUCCGCUUCUCCCAGUUAUCAACAUGGCGUCUUUGUUCCUACUCGGGCAGUGCUGCUGAACCGCCACCCUGGACCGCCACCAUGGAGAGAAAACGCAGAAAGAAAUUAAUGUAGCUGCUCAGGUCACUUGCAUUAUGGACUCAUUUGUGGAACUGUGGACCUGAAAUGCUCUGUUCCAACACCUGCUGACUCUUAACCAGCCAGUUGGCUGUUACCACAUUUUUAAAGAGCCCAGUCAAACUAAUGGUUAACACUACUUCACAACUCAAAAUGCUCCUCCUUUCUGCAUGGGUGUCCAUGCUUUUGGGGCUGAUUGCAGGCUUCCUGCCUGUGGUGGGGAUGGACGGGGAGGGAGGAGCCAAAUCCAGUUCAGACCACACCCCCAAUAUGGAUCCCCUUUCCUCACAGUCUGUCACAAACUGUUCCCAGUUAACCCUCAAACUGGAGUUCUCCACCAAAGUGGUGGAACAUGAGUACAUAGUAGCAUUUACAGGGUAUUUCUCAGCCAAAGCUCGCAGCCUGUACAUCAGCAGAGCCUUGCAAGGUGCUGGGGAUGGCGCACUGGAGUGGCACAUCGUUCCAAGAGAAAACCCAGCUUCGGACUUCCCAAGCGACUUUGAACUGGUCCACAUCCGGCAAGCUUCCCCCAGGAGCCUGCUGACCUUGGAGGACCACCCUUACAUCAAGAGGGUGACACCGCAGCGCAAAGUGUUCCGCACGCUCAAAUACAUUCCCUCACCUGAAACUGCUGCACCCUGCAACGCCACCCGUGGGACCCAAAAAUGGCAGUCGUGGCAAUCAUCCCGCCCUUUCAGACGAACCAGCCUCUCACUCGGCUCUGGCUUCUGGCACGCUACCGGUCGGCACUCCAGCAGACGUCUGCUGCGAGCCAUUCCCCGCCACGUCGCCCAGAUCCUGCAGGCAGAUGUACUCUGGCAGAUGGGACACACCGGUUCUGGUGUUAAGGUGGCAGUGUUUGAUACAGGCCUGAGUGAGAAGCAUCCACAUUUUAAGAAUGUAAAAGAAAGGACCAACUGGACUAAUGAGAAGACACUGGAUGAUGGUCUGGGCCAUGGUACAUUCGUAGCAGGAGUGAUAGCUAGUAUGAGGGAGUGUCAGGGUUUUGCUCCCGACUCAGAGCUGCACAUUUUCAGAGUUUUUACCAACAACCAGGUUUCGUACACCUCGUGGUUCCUUGAUGCUUUUAACUACGCCAUCCUAAAGAAGAUCGAUGUUCUUAACCUCAGCAUCGGAGGACCUGACUUCAUGGACCACCCCUUUGUUGAUAAGGUUUGGGAGCUGACUGCCAACAGAGUGAUCAUGGUUUCUGCUAUUGGCAACGAUGGACCUUUGUAUGGCACCCUGAAUAACCCAGCAGACCAGAUGGAUGUGAUCGGAGUUGGGGGGAUUGACUUUGAGGACAACAUUGCCAGGUUUUCUUCGAGAGGCAUGACCACCUGGGAGCUGCCCGGGGGUUAUGGCAGAGUGAAGCCUGAUAUCGUCACCUACGGUUCUGGUGUUAGGGGCUCAGGGAUGAAGGAGGGAUGCCGCUCUCUGUCUGGCACCAGUGUGGCUUCUCCUGUGGUGGCUGGUGCUGUGACACUCCUGGCCAGCACUGUCCUCAACCGGGAGUUGGUGAACCCAGCCUCCAUGAAGCAGGCUUUGAUUGCCUCAGCUCGUAGACUGCCCGGGGUCAACAUGUUUGAACAAGGCCACGGGAAACUAGACCUGAUCAGAGCCUACCAGAUCCUCAACAGCUACAGACCUCAGGCCAGUCUUUCUCCCAGCUACAUCGACCUGACAGAGUGCCCAUACAUGUGGCCUUACUGCUCUCAGCCCAUCUACUAUGGAGGAAUGCCCACCAUUGUCAAUGUGACGAUUCUCAAUGGCAUGGGUGUCACCGGCAGAGUUGUGGACAAACCCAUCUGGCAGCCUUACCUUCCCCAGAACGGCGACAACAUCGAUGUGGCCAUCUCAUAUUCACCGGUACUGUGGCCGUGGGCCGGAUACUUGGCUGUGUCCAUCUCUGUGGCCAAGAAAGCAGCGUCAUGGGAAGGGAUUGCACAAGGUCAUGUGAUGGUCACAGUGGCAUCACCUGCAGAGAACGACUCGGAGGUUGGAGGGGAAUUGACCUCCACAGUCAAACUGCCCGUCAAGGUAAAGAUCGUGCCGACGCCUCCACGCAGUAAGAGGGUGCUUUGGGAUCAGUACCACAACCUGCGCUACCCUCCCGGCUACUUUCCUCGCGACAACCUCCGCAUGAAAAACGACCCAUUAGACUGGAAUGGGGACCACAUCCACACUAACUUCAGGGACAUGUACCAGCACCUCAGAAGUAUGGGGUACUUUGUUGAGGUGCUGGGCGCUCCCAUCACGUGCUUUGAUGCCAGUCAGUAUGGCACACUCUUGAUGGUAGACAGCGAGGAGGAGUAUUUUCCUGAGGAGAUCACCAAGCUGAGGCGAGACAUCGACAACGGUCUGUCGCUCAUUAUCUUCAGCGACUGGUACAACACUUCUGUCAUGAGGAAGGUCAAGUUCUACGACGAAAACACCAGGCAGUGGUGGAUGCCGGACACAGGGGGCGCUAACAUACCAGCUCUGAACGACCUGAUCUCAGUGUGGGGGAUGGCUUUCAGUGACGGCCUGUACGAGGGAGACUUCACCUUAGCUGAUCAUGACAUGUACUACGCCUCUGGCUGCAGUAUUGCUCGUUUCCCAGAAGAUGGAAUAGUGAUUGCCAAGAACCUAAAGGACCAAGGUCUGGAGGUGUUGAAGCAAGAGACCGCAGUGGUGGAGGGUGUUCCCAUCCUCGGACUGUACCAAACGCCGUCUGAUGGGGGAGGUCGUAUUGCUCUGUACGGAGAUUCAAACUGUAUAGAUGACAGCCACAGGCAGAAAGACUGCUUCUGGCUGCUAGAUGCUCUGCUUCAGUAUACUUCCUACAGUAUGACCCCUCCAAGCCUCAGCCAUUCACACAGCAGAGUGGCACCUCCCACAGGUGCCGAGCACCCACUGCCACAGAGACUGGAAGGGAACCAUCUCUACCGGUACUCCAAAGUUUUAGAGGCUCAUCUCGGAGAUCCUAAGCCCCGCCCACUACCAGCCUGUCCCCAUCUGUCAUGGGCAAAGCCUCAGCCAGUCAAUGAGACAGCCCCCAGUAAUCUGUGGAAGCACCAGAAGCUUCUCUCUGUGGACCUGGACAAAGUGGCUCUGCCUAACGUGAGGGCAUACCGUCCCCAGGUCAGGCCUCUGUCACCUGGAGAGAGCGGGGCCUGGGACAUCCCUGGAGGAAUAAUGCCUGGCCGCUACAACCAAGAAGUGGGCCAGACCAUCCCCGUGUUUGCCUUCCUGGGAGCGAUGGUCGUCCUCUCCUUUUUCGUGGUCCAGCUCACAAAGUCCAAGAGCAAACCCAAGCGCAGGAAACCCCGCAUCAAACGCCCCACGUACCUCCAGCAGCAGCAGCAGACGAGUGGGAAGAACCCCACAGUUUAGCUGCAUUGUUGAACUGCAGCUGGAUUGCUGGGUUUACCUGCAAAACUGAGACGCUAUUAAAAGGAAAACUUGUGUUGACGGAGGUUUGGAAUUACAUGGAGUCUUAAUGAACUGCUAAGGCAGACAUGUGGCUGUCUUUAGACUGAAGCCUGGCGGACGUGAACCUGCUCCAGGAAUUUUUUUGGAAGUGGAAACAUUUUUUGUGUCUCCUCCAGUCUGUUCGAGGCUGCCGGGGGUCUUUUUAUGUAUUUGUGGACCAUUGAACAGUGUUAGACAGUGUUACACACAUGAUAUAAAACACACAUGGUCCUAAAAAUGCCUGCAGACGUAGUGUCCACAUUUCAGUUUCUCUUCUUUGACCCAUUUCUUUAUGAAUGAAAUGUGUCUGACUUUUAUAUUUAUUGAAUUUGCCAAGCCCAAACACAUUUACUCUAAAAUACAAGACAAAUACAAAGCUGUUAUUGGACAUCCAAACAGAAACGCACACACAGACACAUGAAGUGAUGCUGAUACUGUCAGCAUGAGAGCCACAGGGUGAUUAAGUUGUCUGUCCAUGGUUUUAUAAGUCCUGCCCAUAUCCGUUAAAAAAGCAGUCUUUUUAUGUUUUGUUUUGGGUUGUUUUUUUUGUUUUUGUUUUUUGAAUAUUUUAUAUGAUGAAUGAACUGUGGUUGGGCGUUCUGUUGAUGUCAUCCUUCCUGAUCUCAUGGUCAGCACAGUAGCAUUGACAGAAUUGUAUCUCAUCAAUUAAAAAGCAUAAUCAAAGUGA